AUGAGUCAAAACGGGGGUGAUUCAGAUAAAGACAUCCUGACUACAGAAGAGUUGACUGAAGCAGAGACCCUCCUUAAACAUGGAAUUAACAAAACUGUAGCUAAAGAACUUCUUGCAAUCUUUAAAACAGGAAAGCUGUCUCAGUCUGAUCUUGAUGAACGAGCUAUGGAUGCUCUCAAAGAGUUUUCAACAGAAGAUGCCAUCAAAGUGCUGCAACAGUUCUGUGAAAGCAACCUGGAACAUGUCGGCAACAAGAGUGCCUAUCUUUGUGGCAAAAUGAAAACCUUCCGCCAGAAAUCUAAGGCCGGCACUGUGGCACCACUUGUCAAGGGGCCUGAUGAGGCCAAGCUGAAGGAAAUUCUUGACCGUACAGGUUAUUCUCUGGAUGUUACCACUGGGCAGAGGAAAUACGGAGGCCCUCCUCCUGGGGGUGACCCAACACCACCUGGGGUUGGACAUGAGGUCUUUUGCGGAAAAAUCCCGAAGGAUGUCUUCGAAGAUGAACUGAUUCCACUGUUCGAGAAAUGUGGCACAAUCUGGGACAUGCGACUCAUGAUGGAUCCUUUGACUGGACUAAACCGAGGUUAUGCCUUUGUUACCUUCUGUGAGAAAGAAGCAGCCACAAAAGCAGUGAAUGAGCUGAAUGAUUAUGAAAUUAGAUCUGGAAAGAAGUUGAAAGUGAACAUCUCAGUGGCUAAUGUGAGGUUAUUUGUUGGCAACAUCCCAAAAAACAAGUCAAAAGAAGAAAUAAAAGAAGAAUUUGGAAAAAGAACAGAUGGUUUGGUGGAUGUUAUUGUGUAUGGUUUGGCUGACAACCCAAGACAGAAGAACCGGGGCUUUGCCUUUCUGGAAUAUGAAAGCCACAAGCACGCAUCAAAUGCCAAGAGAAAGCUGCAAUCAGGGCACCCAAAGUUUUGGCAGUGUGAUGUCAUUGUCGACUGGGCUGACCCCAUGGAAGAGCCUGACAAUGAAACAAUGUCAAAGGUGAAAGUGCUCUACGUACGAAAUUUGACCUCAGAUGUAACGGAGGAUCAGUUGAAGGAGAAAUUUGGUGAAUUUGGAAAAGUGGAGAGGGUGAAAAAAAUCAAAGACUACGGGUUUGUUCAUUUUGAGGAGCGUGACGAUGCCAUAAAGGCCAUGGAAGCUCUCAAUGGCACAAAGAUUGGCAAUAUGGAAAUAGACGUAUCGCUGGCAAAACCUCCAUCGGAAAACAAGAAGAAAGAGCUGCGCAAGCGGGAUCAAGACCGCUACCCUCCCAGAGGUCAUUACUACGCCUAUGAUGAUUACUGGUUGCCUCCAGUGAGGGCUGGCCCACCAACACUGGGAGUUCCUAUGAGACGCUUGCCAUACCCAGAGCCAUUCUAUGAUGACUUUUACGGGUAUGACGACUUUGACUACUAUGCUUACCCACCUGUACCCUUAGUGAGAAGUGCCCGCGGCAGAGGAGGCAUGCCCCCUCCGCUUAUCAGAGGUCCUUCAGGCGACCGACGUACCUACGCAGGAGGCCCGGGAAUACGAGGGGCGCCCGGUAAAGGCCGCGGACCUGCAUCUGCCAGGGGAGCCGUGCGUGGGGGGCGUAGGGCCAGCAAUGGAAACGCCCCUGCGGCAGGGACAGCACAACUUGCGGCCAGGGGAGGGAAACGAAAAGCAGGCGCAGACUUCUCCACUGGGAGCUCGAAACGACAGAAUACAGACAGCUGGGGCAGCCUGCCUAUAGCUCAACAGCCCCUGAAACAAGAAAUUAAGCAGGAGCCAUUCAGCAGCAGUAGCUUCAGCGGCAGUGAUGAUGCAUGGUAUGAAGAUUCUUACGGGCAGAACUGGGGUUGA